CCAUCUUGUUACUUGGAUAAGGCAAUUUUUGCAGUACUACAGUGCUACCUCCGAGAUGGCAGGUGGAGCAGCAAAUAGCAGAGUCAUGUCGCCGGGUUCAAGGCAUCACCGGCGGCGAGUUUUGAGAUGCAUUGCAGUCACUGCCUUAUCUAUAAUAGUCUUAAUUGGCUUAGCAGUGUUGAUCAUCUGGCUUGUUGUUCAGCCUUCUAAUGUGGCAUACACCCUUGAGAAUGCGAAAGUUUCAAAUUUCAAUUUGUCAAGCCAGAAGCUGAAUGCCACAUUUGCCUUGGACAUGAAAGUCAGGAAUCCAAACAAGAGGAUCGAAAUCGCCUACGAGUCGAUCGAUGUAACAGUGUGGUAUGAUGACCAGACGAUUGCUCUAGGCAGCAUUUCCGGGUUCGUCCAGCCACGGCGAAACACGACGAAACUGGAUGCAGUAGCUGUAGCUGAUGCAACGCCACUUCAGACCAAGGCAUGGAACGACAUGAAGCAACAGAACAGCUCAAAGCAUGAGAUCGACGAUGUGGAGGUGAGGCUGAUGUCUGAACUUCGUUUCAAAGUCGGGCUGUGGAAAUCAAAGAAGUAUAGAUUGAAAGUGUCUUGUUGGAUCAAAGCACUACCAUUAGGCUCUUCGUCAAGGGACAUUGACAGCAUUGACUGUGAUGCUGAGAUCUAAUGUUACUGAAUAAUGGUUAUGGAGUAUUGGAUCUGGGUUUUCUCAAUUAUUAGGAUCAUGAUCGAGAGUGGUUCUUGUAAACUGGAAGACUGUUUUCUUUCCUUGUGCCAUUGUCAUUUCUUAUUCUUCUUGUGCAAUUGAAUGAUAUUUGAUUUCUUGGUUCUUUAUU